AGACAGAGACAAUCUGUGCGCACGGCGCCGUGUUUACAGCGAACGCAGCAGACUGCAGACUGACCGAGCGAGACCGUGCGUGUACCUGUGCAUUAAUCUGUCUAACCACGCUGCCCGUUUGGCUAGAUAUUGGCGAAAAGCACCGAGUUGCAAAAAAUCUUAACCAAAACAGAUGCUUUGCAGUCCGAUAUUACUUUUACCAUCAACGACGUCUACAACAACAAGGCAGUGUAUGUGAGCGUGUGAUGACCGGCUGAGGAGGAGGAGAAUGAGGUGGAGGAGAAGGAAGGAGGCUUCGGUCUGAAACCAGAUUUUGUCGUGGAUAUUUCCACAGAGACGUUGCGUCGUUCAGAUAACAGUGCUGUGCUUAAAUGCAGCGUGCCUUUGGAUGUACCGCUUCACCUCAUUUCACCCCCAUUUUAAGGCUAGUCUGAACCGUUUCAUGCUUCCCGAAGACCCUGCAGCAGGACAUUGAAGAUUUUUCCUCCCUGUUGAUAUGGAGUGUGAAGAUGUGGAUUACGAUCACCGAGGAAUCCCCGCCGCUAGUUUAGACGCCAUGCUUUCAUUAUACACGUCAAUGCAGCGCUGUGUUUGGCAGGGAUAGAGUGAGCUAUGAAUACGCGCUGUCUGGCCAGCGGGAUAAAUCGGUGAUAUUUGGAGCACGACUGGACUCCCGUUAGGAAACGUGAGAGAGCAGCCUCGCUAGCCUCCUGGCAGUAGCUAUUAGCUCCAUUAGCCGGCUAACAGCUACAAGGUGCUGGUUGGAGAUUUUAAAAUAGGGUAUUAGACCGCUGUGGCCGGGUUUUGCCCUCGUUUCCAUCUUCGCAACUCAUCUUCCCGCGGGUUUGUUUGGUGAAUUUACGUGUACGGGGAUGAGGUCUCAAAUGGAAGGGAGCCGCUUGACCUUGUUUGGGGGUCUGAUGCUGGCUCUGUCCUCCUGCCUUCGGCCCGCCACCGCAGAGAUCUGCACUCCCAGUAUCGACAUCGGCAACAACAUAAGUGAAUUCAGACAACUGGAGAACUGCACAGUGGUGGAGGGCUACUUGCAGAUCCUUCUCAUAGGUGACAAAAGCAACAACAACUUCAACCAGGAAGUCUUCCGCACCCUCAGCUUUCCUAAGCUGACCAUGAUAACGGACUACCUGCUGCUGUUCAGAGUUUCAGGCCUGGACAGCCUGAGCACGCUCUUCCCUAACCUCUCUGUCAUCCGUGGCCGUAACCUCUUCUACAACUAUGCCCUGGUGAUCUUUGAGAUGACCAGCCUGAAGGACAUCGGCCUGUACAACCUGAGAAACGUCACGCGGGGAGCCAUUCGCAUUGAGAAGAACCCAGAGCUCUGCUACCUGGACUCUGUAGACUGGUCCCUCAUCAUGGAUGCAGAGUUCAACAAUUACAUCGCAGGGAACAAGCAGUCCAAAGAGUGCAGUGACGUUUGUCCAGGCAUCAUGGAAAACAAUCCCAUGUGCAAAAAGACCAUGUUCAACAACAAUUACAACUACCGCUGCUGGAAUUCCCAUCAUUGCCAAAAAGAGUGUCCUGAAAAGUGUGGAAGGCGAGUGUGCACAGCUGACGGUGAGUGCUGCCAUCCUCAGUGUCUGGGCAGCUGCUCACUUCCGGGCGACGACACUGCAUGCGCCGCGUGUGUGCAUUACUACCACAACGGCAGAUGUGUGGCUGACUGCCCUCCAGGCACAUACAGGUUCGAGGGCUGGCGUUGCAUCAGUGCUGAUUUUUGCUCUAAAGUGCACCUUCCAGACUUCGACAUCUUCGUCAUCCACGGGGGAGAAUGUAUGCCUGACUGUCCAUCUGGAUACACGCGAUCCACACCUGAAAGCAUGUCGUGCACCGCCUGCGAUGGCCUAUGUGAUAAAGUUUGUGACGGGAAGGUCAUUGACUCUGUGGAUGCUGCUCAGUCUCUCAAAGGCUGCACUGUUAUCAAGGGCGACCUGCAAAUCACCAUCCGCAGAGGCCAUAACAUGGUGGCAGAGCUGGAGAGUUUCACAGGUUUGAUCCAGAGGGUGACUGGUUAUGUCCGGAUCAGACAUUCACACACCCUGAGCUCACUGGCGUUCCUCCGAAGUUUGAGAUACAUCGAUGGAGAAAGCCUUCAUGAAGACAUGUAUGCCUUCUCAGCAUUCGACAACCAGCAGCUCCAGUAUCUUUGGGACUGGAAGCAGCACAACCUGACCAUAAAAGCGGGCAAGCUGUUCUUCCGAGCCAACCCGAAGCUGUGUAUGUCCGAGAUCCGCAAGAUGUGGGAAAAGACGGGCAUCCGGGGCCGCUUUGAAGAGAGAGACUUCCGAAACAAUGGCGACAGAGCCAGCUGUGAAAGCACCAUCCUGCGGUUUACAUCCAACACCACCAGUGACAAGAGGAUCAAGCUGACAUGGCAGCGCUACCGACCUCCUGAUUACAGAGACCUCAUCAGCUUUAUAGUCUACUACAAGGAGGCGCCGUUUCAGAACAUCACAGAGUUUGAAGGGCAGGAUGGUUGCGGUUCCAACAGCUGGAACAUGGUAGAUGUGGAACUGAGGCCAGAUAAGGAAAAGGACCCCGGGGUUCUUCUUUCCGGCCUGAAACCCUGGACGCAAUACGCCAUCUUUGUUAAAGCUAUCACUCUCAUGGUGGAAGACAAACACAUGCCCGGCGCCAAGAGCAAAGUGGUCUACAUCCGCACCAGUCCUGCUGCGCCCUCCAUGCCUCAGGAUGUGCGGGCCUACUCUAACUCCUCCACGCAGCUGAUGGUCCGCUGGUCGCCCCCUGUCUCACCCAACGGAAAUCAGACUUACUACUGGGUGAAGUGGCAGCAACAAGCUGAAGACAAGGAACUUUACCAGCAUAACUACUGCUCUAAAGAGCUAAAGAUCCCAAUUAGGAUUGCUGCCACUGGAGACAAAGAAGAGGACACAAAGCCCACUAAACCAGAUCCUGAUGGAGCAGAUAAGGGUCCUUGCUGCCCCUGCCCCAAAUCGCCAGAAGCCCUGGAGGCUGAAGCUGCCGAUGCCUCCUACAGAAAAGUCUUUGAAAACUUCCUACACAACACCAUUUUUACACCGAGGCCUCCAGAUCGGCGUCGCAGAGAUCUUUUUGGCAUCGCCAACUCCACCCGUUCGCGCCGCUUCCAUCUUUACACCAACAGCACUGCAAUCCCCCCCCCUCCGGGUGCUGGGAACAGCAGCGUCCCUGACCCAGAGCCAACCGAACAAGAGUACGAGGUCAUGGAUGACAAGGUGACCAACAAUGAGCUGCAGAUAACCGGCCUGGAACCAUUUAGAGUUUACCGCAUCGACAUCCAUGCCUGUAACAGGCAGGUUCAGCAGUGCAGCGCGGCCGAGUUCGUCUUCUCCAGGACCAAGCCAGCAGAAAAGGCUGAUGACAUCCCAGGCCCGGUGAGCUGGGAGGGUCAUGAGGACUGGGUGUUCCUGCGCUGGCCAGAGCCCAGCCAGCCCAAUGGUCUCAUCCUCAUGUACGAGAUCAAAUUCAAACUGGCUGCAGAGGCUGAGAAGCAUGAGUGUGUUUCUAGACAGCUCUAUCGCAGCCAGCAAGGCGUUCGCCUGACCAACCUCAGUCCUGGAAACUACUCGGUCAGGGUGAGAGCCACAUCACUGGCUGGCAAUGGUUCGUGGACCCCCACCCUGAAUCUCUAUGUUUCUGAAAGUUCUGAAAGCAUCUUCGCUAUGAUCUUUGUUCCCAUCUUGACCAUCGUCCUAAUCUGCUCUUUUGUGUUGGUGCUGGUGGUCUUCAACAGGAAAAGGAACAGCGAUCGGCUCGGGAACGGAGUCCUAUAUGCCUCUGUCAACCCAGAGUACUUCAGCGCAGCAGAAAUGUAUGUCCCAGACGAGUGGGAGGUGGCCCGGGAGAAGAUUUCCCUCUGCCGAGAGCUCGGCCAGGGGUCGUUCGGAAUGGUAUAUGAGGGCGUGGCCAAGGGUGUGGUCAAAGAUGAGCCGGAGAUCCUCGUCGCGGUAAAGACCGUAAACGAGUCAGCCAGCAUGAGGGAGCGGAUCGAGUUUCUCAAUGAAGCUUCUGUUAUGAAAGAGUUUAAUUGCCAUCACGUGGUGCGCCUUCUUGGUGUGGUCUCCCAAGGCCAGCCCACCCUGGUCAUUAUGGAGCUGAUGACGAGAGGAGACCUGAAGAGUUACCUGCGCUCCCUGCGUCCCAAAGAGCAACAGGUUUCCAGCCUGUCUCUCCCACCGCUGAAAAAAAUGCUUCAGAUGGCGGGACAGAUCGCGGACGGCAUGGCUUACCUCAACGCCAACAAGUUUGUCCAUCGAGAUCUGGCCGCAAGAAACUGCAUGGUGGCUGAAGACUUCACCGUAAAGAUCGGAGAUUUUGGCAUGACCAGAGACAUCUAUGAGACCGAUUACUAUCGCAAAGGUGGUAAAGGUCUGCUCCCUGUCCGCUGGAUGUCACCCGAGUCUCUGAAGGACGGCGUUUUCACCACCAACUCGGACGUCUGGUCAUUCGGGGUUGUUUUGUGGGAGAUAGCCACUCUGGCAGAGCAGCCUUACCAGGGUCUGUCCAACGAGCAAGUCCUUCGCUUUGUAAUGGAGGGAGGACUGCUGGAGAAACCACAGAACUGUCCAGACAUGCUAUUCGAACUGAUGCGUAUGUGUUGGCAAUACAACCCUAAAAUGCGUCCCUCCUUCGUUGAGAUCAUCAGCAGCAUGAAGGAUGAGCUGGACCCGUCUUUCAAAGAGGUUAGUUUCUACUACAGUGCCGACAACAAGCCCGCUGAAGCUCCACAGCUCCACCUGGAUAAACUGGACCACUCCAUGGAUGUUCCCCUGGAACCCUCUUCUUCUUCGCAGCAGCAGCAGAACCCCCCGUCUCCAAGCUCAGAGGGGGCGCCUGCCCCGUCACAACCACCCAGCUCCCCGUCGUCUCCCUGCACAUCGAGCGCAGUCAUGGACAAGCAGCCUUCGAGCCAGCAGGCGGCCAACGGACUCUCUGGGACUGGCCUUCCCACGAGCUCGGGACCCACAGUGCGGCCAAACCUGGACGAACUGCCGCCGUACGCACACAUGAACGGAGGACGCAAAAACGAGCGCGCCAUGCCUCUCCCACAGUCAUCUGCCUGCUGAUUGGGCAGAAACACGAACACCGUUCACCCACGGACCCGAAGAACCACGUCUGACUGGGUGGUUUUCUUCUUUCUUUUUUUUUUUCUUUUUGAACCACAGUGAAACCUUCUCAACAGGAUAUGGAUGUGGAUAUUUUGAGACUUGCGUAAAGAUGGAAAAAACUUUCAGAGAGUUAAUGUCCUGCUGUAUGGCCGCACACUUUUCUUUUUUUUUUUCUACUUUAAUUAAUCUAGUAUGAGUUUCUACCAGCUGGCUGUUAUUUGUGACACCGCUCCUGCUGCUGAGUGGAAAGACCAAAAAGAAAAAAAAAAAAGAAAAAAAAAAUCUUCAGUAAAAUAAGAAAUCCUAAAAAAAUAUAUAUAUUUUGAGGUGAGCUAUUUCACUCUCUCUGUGGCUAAACUUAUUUUAUAAAUUGUUAUUUGUUACUAUUUUAUGUUUCUGAAUGAGGAAACAAAACAUGUAGGCCUUUAUGAUUAAUCAGCAUAGGUUUAUGUGUGCUUUUGAGCGGGCAUUAUGGUGGAAACAUUAAGCAUAUCUAAAGAUUAACAAGCUCUUGAACGAGGUUGCCAGUCGCUCGUUUCUGAAUCCGGCUGCUCUGAGGGUCGAACGUCCGCAUAAUGCCGGUUCAAAAGCCACUCCGCUGAAACAAACAAUUGGAGAACAGUCAGCUCUGCCAAAUCUGUUGCCAAACUCUUCUGCUUUCACAUUUUCUUAUCCUGUUGCUCCUCAAGAUGCAGUCGUGAAAAUGGAAGGAGAAAACAAACAAAAGCACUUUGAUCUUCCACCACAUCGUUCAUUUAGAGGCCAGACGGACGUCAACUUUCCUCAACCGUCCUGCUCGUUUUUUCUAGUGCUGACUGUGAUCUGGAAAGAGUUUCUCCACUCCGUCAGAUCCCUGCGUAGACUUCACUCCCGUCAGUUUACCUGAAAUAGAGCCAGCUGCCACAAAGUGCUGUUACGCUGGGGUUUAGCAGUGAAUCGCGUAGCAAAAUAUAUACGAUAAAACGCACGCAAAAAAGGAAAGGACUGCAGAGGAAGAGCAGUCAAGAAGAGAACAUGAACGCCAGAUCUGUACAUCUGAGUUUUCCCCAAGGUCAGAGGCAUCCUUGUUGUACACAAACAGGUAUUUUUUUACACUUGUAAAUACUUGCCAACAUUUACAUCUCUACAUGUGCAGAGCAUUUAUGUACAUACCAGUUGUUUUUUCACUUUUCUAACUUUUAUACAGUCAGAAACUUUCAUCAUGUACAGAAAGAAGCUGCUAUUCGUUGUUUCUCUUGUGAGAUUUAUAGAUAGAGAUAUAUCUAUACCUAUAUAUAGAUAUAUCUUUCUAUAUAUAGAUCUAUAUAUAGAUCUAUUUCUAUAUAGAUAUAUCUAUAUAUACAUAUAUAUAGAUAUAUCUAUGUAUAAAAAAAAACUUCUUCAGGUUGGUUUUCAGCUCGGAACAUUUUCACUCCAGUUUCUUUUGUUUAUGCUUCUCAUUGUUUUAUUGUUUAUGAACAGAUUUUGUUUCUGUAAUUGAAUAAGAGGUACAAUAACUUGCCUUGCAUUAAAGACCCGUAUCUUCCUCGCAUCCCUCUAGAGGGCAUCCAUGUUCUCUUGUGCUUUUAUCAUCAGAUUCACAAGCCUGGUGUCCCAAAUAAAAUCUCAGGUGAAAGAGAAAAGCUAAAUCCUUUUCUGCUCCCCCUUUUUUUUCUUUAUUUUCCUUUUUUGUGCUGCUGUUCGCCAGAGACAUUCUACUUUGUGUUUGUUGUUCUAUGUCAAAUUGUUUUAUCUGUAUGAAAGCAAAGUUUAUCACCACAAUCAGUAACAAGACGUUUCUUGGUCUCAGUCUUGUGGUUUGUCCUUGCCCAAGUUGUAUGCAACCAAAAUACUGACAAAAAGUAGGAAAACCAUCAAAAGUUUUAGAAUAUAGUAAAAUAUUGUGAGUAAAGUUAUCUGAAUUUGGCAAAAAAAAAAAAAAAGUCUUUUUGGAGGGAUGUAUUCAGACUCUCUUCAAGUAGGCACAUUUAUAAUUUGAGUUUUCUUCCGCGGAAAGUAACUGCGUUCUGUUUCAUCAAGCAGCAUUAAUUCAGACUAUCUUAGACUUUUAUCAGAACUAGCUUUUACCAAACUAAGGCUUGCUGAACAUCCUUAAAACACAUGGAUAUGUAUUCUAGAUCAGCAAAAAAACAAUUACAUUUCUAGACUUUUGUCCAGCCCCCUAUCUUGUAGUUUCUAGUUUUUCAUCUUUGGGGGGUAAUCUAUGAAAUUAAUUGAGUUUUAAUACAUUCCUGUGCACAUCAUUUAGGCUUUUCAUGUCACUGAAGCAGCUGCACUUGAGUGUAUGCAUAUAUCAAACAUCUUUAAUUCUGAAAUGUAAAUUUACAGGAACCUUAGACAUACAUUGGACUUCUUCUGAUAUAAAAAUAGCAAUAUUGUGUUAAUUUCAGCAGUGGCUAAAUUGCAGCCAGCAAGGAAUAACUUACAAACCAAAUGUAAGCAGUUGAAGCACCUUGUAAAUUUGUCCUGUUGUGGUAAAAGUUGCUCACAUAUUAAUACAAAAUGAAUAUUUCAUCUUAUUUUAAAAGCAAGAGAUUUAAUAUUAAGAGCAUUUUUCUUUUCCUGGAGCUAAUUGAGCUAACUGAGUAGCUUUUUUAGCCCUGUCUACAUACAAAGAUUAACUUUAGUUCACUGUGUUUAAACAUGUGAAACAGUUCAAUUAUUAUUUAGUGUUUCACAGUGAAACAAUUGUUUUCUUGAUAGGUUUUCUCUGCGUUCUCUGGUUUGUCAGACGUUAUAAGGAAGCUAGAAAAUGAUGUGACGGAUAGAGAGCAGAUAAACAGAAUGUGCACCAAACAAUAACAUUUGCUAGUAAAAGUGGAAACUUUGUGUUACCCCUUACAUCUUUUUUUGUUUCCUACACAUUUCAAAGGAUGUAAAGUAAAUUUUUGGUUUGCCAUUUUCUGAUAACUUCCUUCUACUUUUUGUCAGUGUUUCAGUAAAGUUCAUUUACGGCCUCUUGAAAGCAAAAAACCCUUUCUUUGUAUUUCUUUGUUACAUUUCAACUGGAUCAUUUCACUUGCCUCUUGAUCAAAAGCUUUUUUGAAAUAUGUGGGCAUCCAUGUGUUGAAGUAGCUUCUGUUCUUUCUUUUUCAAUAUUUUGUAAACGUUUGAUGUGCUUGUUGAAGAUUUGUGUGACUUAAUAGGACUGAAUAUACCUGCAGCAUUCAGUUUUCCGUUGAAAUACUUCAAUAACACGAAGAUAUUGUGACCUUAAAGGACUGAUGAGAGAAAUACACUAUGAAUCCCUUUUGUUGGAGAAAAUAAAAUAUUUUCUUCAUGUUUGAGCAUCAAUAAUAAAAUGUUGACCUAUCUUAAUCGAGGACCACAUGGAAUAGUCUCAAAGUGACAUUGUAGUUCAAUUCCCAGAUGUUUCUGCUAUUUAUUUUAUUUUUUUGUGAAGUGGUAAUCACUGUACAAAUCUCCCCUUGAGUUUUUUUUUUCCCCCAUUUUUGUUUUGAUCUCAUAUUUUUUAUGUUCUUUUGAUAUUCUGGGAGAAGGCUUUGUUAUUACUUCCUUCAACCAUCCAUCUACCUCACUUUUUGUUUUGUCCAAUCUAUUUACUUGUAUAAAACACAAAAUAUGUCAUCUCAGCUGUUUGAUCUCACUGGGUGCUGUGUAAAGGUCAAAUUCAAACCACAAACCAAACCAUUGUGGAAGCAGGCUAGGGGCUCGGACACAUCAAACAUUCUUUAUGCUACUACUAGAGAACUUGAUCUUUUUAUAUGGAGAUGCUGAACAAAUAUAUAUAUAUUUUCUUUAUUGGGGUAGCUUCAGUUGGCUAAUGGACUCUUUUGGGGGUCUGUAUUUGCUGAUUCAAGUUAAACCUAGUGGAAUGCAACAUGAGGUAUGAGAUGGUUUCACUGGACCAUUUCCCUCUUUGACACUACAUUGUCUUUCAUUUGUUACAUAUAAUAUUCCUGAGUUGUAACUUCUUUCUGCCCAGCAGCUGUUCCCUCCAUGAUUUGAUGUCUGUAAACUGAAAAAAAUGUCUCUAUGAGAAAGCACUUUCUCUAAAAGCAGACCUGUGCUAUAUUUUAUCAAGCUUCUUGUUCUAUCCUUUCUCAGCCAGUCUUGCUAAGAAAUACUAAUCAAUUUCUGAAAUCAGGUUUGUUUGUGGUCUGAUUUUUGCCAGAUUUUUUAUUUUUUUUCUUCUUUUUACCACUGGAACACCUCAGAGGUUACAUAAAAACAAUAAAGUUUUUGUUUCUUUUCCCAACUCAUCCCUCACUUUUUUAUAUAUAUGUUACAUUGACAGUUUGUUACAUUUAUUUUAAAAUAUGUAAGUUAUUGAUAGCCUUCCAAGUCCUGGAUUUCUGUUAAACCGAUUGUUUGGACUGAUGUUUCAUUUUGGUUUUUCUUUUGUACAUGCUGUUGUAAGAUUUUUUUUCUUAUCAAUAUAUUACUGGGAUAAAAUGAUUGGCUGAAGGAAAAGAGAAUGUCUAUUUCCUCGUUCUUUUUUUUUCUACACAAAAUUUAAGAUAAAUAAAAAAAUGUAUGCAAUU